AAUAUUGUUUCAUUUGUGGUUGGACCAUUUCCUCCUGUCAGCUUCUCAUGAAUUGUUAAUUCCCUUCCACAAGGCAUUAGAUGAACCGACGUCAGGGAACCUGCCUGAGUCUCAGCCUCUUCCUUCCCUGGACCUUGAUGAACUUGAGUCAAGUAUAGAGGACACCAUAGUUGACCUUGGAUAUCAUGAGAUCCCAGAAGACCCACUUGUGGCUGAAGAGUAUUAUGCUGAUGUAUUUGAUUCCUGUUCUGAAGAGAGUGAGGAACAGGAAGAAGAAGUAGCGUUCUUAGGACCAGAGGAAGAGGACAAGGAUGAGGGACCCUGUCUUCCUCACAGAACAAACCAACAGGACAGCGAUCUUGAAGCAUUGGUCAGGUGUUUGGAAAACGUCAUGGAUUGUACCUCUCUAGACACAAGGACCAGUAUGGCUGCAGACAUGUCCCCAGGACCAACAGUUUUCAACAGUGCAAUGGCCAGAACCAAGGUGAAACACAUGCGAGAAUUGGCCGUGCAGAAGCUGGGAGCAGAAGUAUUUGAGGAGGUCUAUAAUUACCUCAAGAGAGCAAGGCAUCAGAAUGCCAGUGAGACAGAGAUCCAGGAGGGUCUUGAAAAAGUUGUACCGCGGGCCAGUGACUGCUUUGAAGUUGACCAGCUCCUCUACUUUGAGGAGCAGUUACUAAUCACAAUGGGGAAAGAGCCCCUCUCCAGAACCAUCACUCAGGAGCUGUUAAAACAAGCAGAAGUUGAAGGGGACAAAUUCCUGUGA